ACAGCAAAGUGUCUUUAGUGCAUUUGAUUUACAUAUUAAUGACAGAUUGUUUCAGCACUUGAGUUCCCGUGUGUCUUGAAGAUUUCUUGAUUUCGUCGAUUUUAGUACAACUAUAAUCAUGUUUAUCAAUUUAGUGUUUCGGGCAAAAAGUGUAAAGUUCACCUAAGAACUUGUUCAAUCACGAGGUCUCAAGCUGUUGUGUAAAGCAGAUAUCGAAAGAGAGACAGUGACCACGUGCCACUUUCUAUUGUGUUACAGAUUACAUAGUCAAUUUAUCAGACUUAUAGGGUCUUUGUGAUUUAUGUCAUUAUUCUGGUACACUCGCCAAACAACAUUAACAAUCUUCUGAUAACUAGUGGCACACGACCUUCUUUUAUUUAACUCAUCGUGUCGUACUUUUUUGUUCUAGCACAGCACAGUACCAUCAUGGGGAUCGUGUUCACUUUACCUUUGGCCUAUAAGAUUCGGCAUUUGUUCAACAAUAUUUCUGCGUGUAGCAAGAUAAAUCCAGGUGCAUCCUCCUGGUUGUUCAUAAUUGUAUCAUACCUCUACUUAAUAACGUGGCGACUGUUUGGAAGGAAAAGGUUAGAGCUUUAUGAAGAAAACGAUCUUAGUUCUCCCGCUGCCAUGGGUGCCGUCCCGAAAGAAGAAGAGAAAAAGUUAGAUUCAGAGCAAAAUUCUAAUCAUUUAGAAAAGAGUCAGGACGAAAUCUUCUUUUAUGGAGUGAACACUUCAGAAGAGACUCUGGUUCUGAAGGUUUCCAGGCUUCCAGGAAAGAGGCUAGAAAUUAUGAUAUAUCUCCAACUGAAAGACGGGCGGACUUUCGUCCAGCCUCAUGGGAUGUCAGUUGUUCAUUACACUGGAGAGCUGGAAGGUUUUGAUGGAGGUGGGCUAAAAUUACGUUGUCUGAGUGCCAUGCGCAUAUGGAGAAUAUCUUUCAGUGGUUUAUUGAGAGAGCACAAUUCAACAUCAGAUGAAGAAGACUUCAAGGUGGUGUACGUUAAGUUCAGCUUCAUUUGGCGAGCUUUGUCUGAAAUCUAUGACCUCACCAGUGACCUGGAGCCUUCCUUAGUCUCCGUGGCAAUACAGCCAGCCUUAAUUCCGAAUAUUAAACGUGAACUGUUUAAAAAUGCUAAGACAUGUAUUCAUUAUGUUUUCCUGUCAAAACUUAUAGGUGUUAAAUUACCUGAAGGAGUUAAGGAGUCUGCUCACGUUUUUGGAACUACUCCGGAUGGGCACAUCUUCCAUGUCGCUGCUGUCACCAUUCCCGGGUUAUGCUCCAGGCUCCAUUUCGGACACCUGAGUAGGCCUAACGGGCAUAUGAAUGGUAUAACGUCUUGUAGCUCCAAUCUGCUGGAUAUUCUAGGCUAUGAUAUUAUUUGUGAAAAACCAACUUAUUGUUUUUCGUCUGGUGACAAGACCAUCAAUAUACAAGUUGGUAAAUCGUGCAACCAUUUCGAUUUCGUGAACAGCACUACCCAGGAAGAUAUAACUUUCUAUCCAGUUACAAUCAAGUACAAUGAGAAACAAGCAAGUGGAUUCGUUUUCUAUGGGCGCAGAAACUCCAGAAGAGCUGUGACGAAUUUUCCGAAGGAUCCUAUAAUACUGCCCAACCCCGUUCACCAACUUAAAGAGCGACAUCUUGUGGUAUCAUUCAGUGAUGAUGAAUGCCUGAACAGUGACUUGACUGGUGGAAAAGGCUCUUCUCUUGGCAAGCUAACGUUGUUGGCAAAACUUAGUUCUGAAAAGUUUUGUGUACCUCGAGGAAUAGUGGUUACCAGUCGAGCCUACGAACUGUUCAUACGAAGACCAGAAUUAGCUCACGCUGUUAGGUUACUAGAAGAUAUAGCUUGGUAAGUAAACAAAGC